UCAAAGUUGAGGAUAAAGAGGAAGAAGAAGAGAGGUUGGUGAGUGGAGAUCACCAGUCUAUGGAGGAGGAGGAGAUGAUUAUGGAAAGUAAACAGGAGGAAUCUUCUCUACAUAUAGACACAACAGAUGACCAUAAUGUCCGGAAUACGUCUGAGGAAUCUUCUGAUAAAUCACAUACCAGGACUCUAAAAUCUCACAGUAGAAAUACUUUAAUAGAUCCGUCUAUUCCCGAGGAAUCUUCUUCAGGGCAGGAAGGAGAUCACACAGAAGAGAGGCCAUUGUCAUGUUCAGUGUGUUGGAAACUUUUCACAAAAAAGAGAGACCUUCUUAAACACAAGAAACGUCACACUGCUGAGCGUCCCUAUUCAUGUUCAGUGUGCGGGAAGUGUUACACUACCAAACAAAACCUUCUUUUACACCAGUACAGUCACACCGGUGAGCAUCCCUUUUCAUGUUCAGAGUGCGGGAAAGGUUUCACUGUGAAAGGAACUCUUGUUAUACAUCAGAGAAUUCACACGGGUGAGCGUCCCUAUUCAUGUUCAGAGUGUGGGAAAUGUUUUAUUCAGAAAGAUCACCUUCUUAAACAUCAUAGAAUGCACACGGGGGAGCGUCCCUAUUCAUGUUCAGAGUGCGGGAAAUGUUUUAUUCAAAAAGAUCACCUUCUUGAACAUCAGAAAAUUCACACAGGUGAGCGCCCCUUUUCGUGUUCAGAGUGUGGGAAAGGUUUCACUAAGAAAAGAAUUCUUGGUAGACACCAGAUGAUUCACACAGGUGAGCGUCCCUAUUCAUGUUCAGUGUGCGGGAAAUGUUUCAUUGGAAAAAUAAGUCUUCUUAAACAUCAGACAAUUCACACAUGUGAGUUUCCCUUUUCAUGUUCAGUGUGCGAGAAAGGUUUCACUGAGAAAAAAAGUCUUGAUAGACACCAGAUGAUUCACACGGGUGAGCGUCCCUAUUCAUGUUCAGUGUGCGGGAUUUGUUUCAUUCAAAAAAGACGCCUUCUUAAACAUCAGACAAUUCACAUAGGUGAGUUUCCCUUUUCAUGUUCAGAGUGCGGGAAAGGUUUCACUAAGAAAAAAAGUCUUGAUAGACACCAGAUGAUUCACACGGGUGAGCGUCCCUAUUCAUGUUCAGUGUGCGGGAAAUGUUUCAUUCAAAAAAGACGCCUUCUUAAACAUCAGACACUUCACACAGGUGAGUUUCCCUUUUCAUGUUCAGAGUGCGGGAAAGGUUUUACUGAAAAAAAAAGUCUUGAAAGACACCAGAGAAUUCACACAGGUGAACGUCCCUAUUCAUGUUCAGAGUGCCGGAAAUGUUUCACUUGUGAAAGCAAUCUUAUUAGACACCAGAAGCUUCACACAGGGGAACGCCCCCAUUCAUGUUCAGAGUGUGGGAAAUGUUUCUUUCGGAAAAAUGAGCUACUUCAACAUCUUAGAAGGCACACGGGUGAACGUCCCUUUCCAUGCUCAGAGUGUGGGAAAUGUUUCGCUGAGAAAAAAAAUCUUCUUAGACACCAAAGAAGUCACACAGGAGAAGGCUCUUAUUCAUGUUCAGAGUGCGGGAAAUGUUUCUCUAACAAAAUAAAUCUUAUUGCACACCAGACAUGUCACACGGGUGAGAUUCUCUAUUCAUGCUCAGAGUGCGGGAAAGGUUUCUUUAACAAAUCAAGUCUUAGUAGACACCAGAAGCUUCACACGGGGGAGCGUCCCUAUUCAUGCUCAGAGUGCGGGAAAGGUUUCAUUGAGAAAGCAAAACUUCUUGUACACCAGAGAGAUCACACGGGUGGAGCGUCCUUAUUCUUGUUCGGAGUGUGGGAAAUGUUCAAGUGGAAAUAUUCAUUCGAUGUACACCAGAAGACCUCACACAGAUGAGUGUCCCUAUUCAUGUUCAGAGUGCGAGAAAUCUUUCAAUCAGAAAGGAAACUUAGUGGAACACCAGAGAAUUCACACAGGUGAGCGUCCUUAUUCAU